AUGAGGUGUGAGAGCUGUGUGGAGCUGCUGUUUGUGAGAGGGGCUGGGAACUGCCACGAGUGUGACACCCCCCUGAGGAAGAGCAACUUCAGGGUGCAGCUCUUCGAGGACCCUGCUGUCGACAAGGAAGUGGAAAUCCGGAAAAAAGUGUUGAAAAUAUACAAUAAAAGAGAGGAAGACUUUCCCACUCUAGAGGAAUAUAAUGAUUUCUUGGAAGAAAUAGAAGAAAUUGUAUUUAACUUGACCAACAAUGUGGACUUGGAGAACACCAAAAAGAAAAUGGAGCUGUAUCAAAAGGAUAACAAAGAAGUCAUUCAGAAGAAUAAGUUAAAACUGACGCGGGAGCAGGAGGAGCUGGAGGAGGCCCUGGAGGUGGAGCGGCAGGAGAGCGAGCAGAGGCGCCUCUUCAUGCAGAAGGAGGAGCAGCUCCAGCAGAUGAUCAAAAGGAAGAAUAAACAGGCACUCCUGGAUGAUCUGGAGAGCUCUGAUCUUCCUGCCUCUCUGCUCUUAGCUCAGCAUAAGGACAGAUCUACUCAGCUAGAAAUGCAGCUGGAAAAACCCAAACCUGUCAAACCAGUCACGUUUUCCACUGGCAUCAAAAUGGGUCAGCAUAUUUCAUUAGCUCCCAUUCAAAAGUUAGAGGAAACUUUGUAUGAAUAUCAGCCUCUGCAAGUGGAGACCUAUGGACCACAAGUUCCAGAGCUUGAGAUGUUGGGAAAGCUGGGGUAAGUAAAUCAAUGCAUUU